AUGCGAAAGGAAAUUCGAAUCCUUGAUCUACGAACGCUUCGUCGGUCGUGGCAGAUUACCGAGAACAUCGGCGCAAAUUCUCCACAGUGGCUCGGUAGCAGCAGCAACCUCAUCUGGCUUGAACCAUUACGAAAUGGAUAUACCAACCUAGUUAUCCGUGAUGCACGGCUUGUCGACAACGAAUACAUAGCAGGCCCUGUACCUGGGCAUAUAUCCAACCUGAGAGUCACCAGUAUACCGUUCAUUGAGGAUACUGAUGAUGACCUAGGAUUCGCAGUCGUCGGCAAAGUCCACACUGACGGCUCUCUUUUUAAUCCUACGGAACAGAGCUCAACUUUUGACAACGUUGCUGGUCACUCACAUACUAAACGACGUGCAGAUUGGUUUACAAGCCCACAAAAUUCAAUCAUCUGGUUCGGAACUCUUACCCGGCCGUCGGAGGCGCCGAAUGGUCGCUAUGUAAUGGGGAAAUUAACCAAUCUAAUGGAUCAUUUCAAACUCACGACAAUAAGUUUACGAAUCACCUCUGGUCAAGAAGAGGACUGUCGUGACUUCGACAUCAAUUCCUGGGCAAUAGCUUUCGUGGGGAGUGAUUUUGAUGAGGAGUCUCAACAAAGCAGUUGUUCAUGCUACGUCUGCCCAAUGCUUCGUUGGGACGGGUAUCCGCUUGAUAGCCUUUAUUAUGCUUUCUCACAUCGGGGCCUGGGGGGUAAUAUCUCAUCGCCUAUUCUGAAGCACAACGACACUACCGUCGCCUUCUUGUCUCAGAAAACCAGAGGAUACAGUUCCGACAAGAAUCGAGUUAUCUUCAUUCAUAAUAAUCAGACCAGCGAGAGUGAAGAACUUUUCGAGUCUCAGGAUGGUAAAUGGCAGUGGGAUUUAAGUCCCAGUGCUAUCACAUAUUGGCUAGAUAGGUCAUUGCUAAUCCAGGUAGAGGAGAAUGGACGUCAGGCUUUGUAUAAACUGAAUCUAGAUAAUUGGUGGCCUGACAAACCCACACCGGCGUCGUUGGAACUGUUGAGCAGUUUUCUUCCUUAUGGAUCUAUAGUCAACGUCACACCAAUGUUUUCUGAGUCGUCUAAAUCUGCAUUACUGAUCUCCUGUCAUGCUCUCAACCAUAGCAAGGAAUAUGUUAUCUUUGAUCCCCAAUCACCUGGACGAAGAAGGGCCGCCCACCUUUUAUCAAUCUUCCCCGCAGCCAAAUCGAAGAAAUUUGGCCAUUGGGCGCAAAUGGGACCAAAGUGCAUACAUGGGUCAUCAAACCUUCUUCCUUCAAGUCUGGACUUAGAUAUCCAGUAA